CAUGCAUGCAAGUGUAGUACGGUUUUUGGUGAAGCAAAAUGAAUUUAAUUAUAAACCAAGCUACAAUUGACUCAUGGUUAAGAAGAAAUGAAGACUUCACAAACGAAUUCAUCCUUGACUGGGUCAAAGACCACCCGGAAUUACACCUGGCCCUUUUUAAAAGCAAUCCAUACUUCGAAAUCCCUGGUGCGCUAUCUGAGCUUGUUGACACCACAUACAGAAAAGACAGUGGAGUGGACAUUGUUCAAGGGAGCUCAAACAUACAAUCACAGUCAUCUCUACUAGAGGACAGACUAUUAUCGCUGAAAAUUACAGCAUCCCACAAGAAACCAGAACAAAACAUGAAGUUUCACCCUGAAAUUCUUCGAGCAGACAGACUGGAGGCAAUGCUGGACAUGUCACGCUUUCUCCACGCCAAGAUUUUCGUGCCUCUAGAGGUCGUAAUGAAAGUGAUGCACAGUGCUCAACACUUUCUUAAUUGCACUGUGGUACACUUGCUCCUCAAUGAAUCUCAGCCAAUCUCUGAUUCGGAAACAGCUGGGGAUGUUGUGAAACUGUCAAAGGCUUUGGUUGUGGCAAACAAAUAUGAGGACUACAUACCAAGAAAUGUUGACGAGAAAUAUGUUCCCCACUUAAUUGAGCUGACCAAGCAGACUCAGCAACAUGGAUCAACAUUUGAAAUUGAUGAUAAAAUAAUAUGUGUCCGUCUUCGUGGAGCAUGGGGCAGGACAAUUGGUUUUCUUGUGUUAGUGUACUCUGACGAAGAAAUAAGAAACGUUAUGGCGCUCAAUCUAACCUAUAUUGAUUCGUUUUCCCAAAUUUGUGGAAUGGCCAUUGAUAACGCAUGUGCAAUCUCUGAUACUACAAAGCUGUGCAAUAUUGAUAAUCAAGCAGAAGAUAGAGAACCUAAACAAAUACUAUCUCAAGUCAGUAGAGAGUCAAUAGCUUGGAGUAGUGAUAUAUGUACGGAUAACGAUUGCAACAUUGAAGAGGAUAUAAACUACAGUUGCAGCUGUCCAGAACUGUCAACUCAUCACUAAACCCUCAAAAGAAUUAUAUUUGUCAUCAUAAUUAUAUUAUAGCUAUUAGUUAACUUCCUAUACACGUGUAUCUAUACCACGCAUUUUUAUAUACAUGUGUCACCGUAUACAAUGUACAUAAUUGUACAUGUAUAAUUAUAGGGGUAAUU